CCUGAUGCUGUUGUUUACGAUUACACACACUUUGCAGCUCAAACCGUCACACAGCCACCACCAUGAGGGAGUUCAAGAGCAAAGAUUUUUGGAGGGCCGUUCUAGCCGAACUGGUCGGCAUGGCCUUCUUUAUUUUUCUCAGCAUCUCUGCAGCCAUUGGAAACUCCAACAACGCCAACCCAGACCAGGAGGUGAAGGUGUCGCUGACCUUUGGAUUAGCCAUCGCCACUCUGGCCCAGAGCUUAGGCCACAUCAGUGGAGCCCACCUGAAUCCCGCCGUCACCCUUGGCAUGCUUGCCAGCUGCCAGAUCAGCGUCUUCAAGGCAGUCAUGUACAUAGUGGCUCAGAUGCUGGGUUCAGCCCUCGCCAGCGGCAUCGUUUACGGGACGCGUCCUUCCAACACCAGCGCCCUAGGGCUCAACUCUCUUAACGGUGUCACCCCCAGCCAAGGAGUGGGCAUUGAGCUUCUGGCCACCUUCCAGCUGGUGCUGUGUGUCAUUGCAGUCACUGAUAAAAGGAGGCGUGACGUCAUGGGCUCUGCACCCCUGGCCAUUGGCCUCUCAGUUUGCCUGGGACAUUUGGCAGCUAUCAGCUACACAGGCUGUGGCAUCAAUCCCGCCCGCUCCUUUGGCCCAGCUUUGAUCCUGAACGAUUUUACGGACCACUGGGUGUACUGGGUGGGCCCGAUGUGUGGUGGUGUAGCGGCGGCUCUGGUGUACGAUUUCCUGCUGUCCCCCAAGUUUGAUGACUUCCCUGAUCGCAUGAAGGUCCUAGUCAGCGGUCCAGUGGGAGACUACGAUGUAAAUGGAGGAAACGAGUCUGCGACUGUGGAGAUGUCUUCAAAGUAGCUGCAGUUGUUUUUUCCCCCCACGUCCUUGUAAAUGUCUAUACUAAAAAAAAAAUCAAUAUGUACAAAUUUAAAAUUCAAAAGCUUUGAAAUUUAGUGCAGAGUUUUAACGUUGUUUUGAAAAAAACCAAGGAGGAUUGUCGUCUACGGGUCAGCUAGAGAGGCUGUCUAAAGUCACUCCUUUUAUCAACGCAGCACAAGCUCUUUAUCAAACCGCUGCUGAAGUUUGAAACCCCGGGCGGGACGUUUGCUGAUCCUUUUUCUCCAUAUCAGUAUUGUAUGUUGAAGCCUAUUUUGUAUAUUACCUGUUUCACUUAUUCUUAUUCCUGAUGGAUAUUAUAUUGUGUGCACUCUUUUGUCUAAAGUUUUUUACGUAAAAUAAAACACAAUGUGAGAA